AUGUCUCUGGCUUUAGGUAGUAAAGAACGUAAUGAUAAAAAAAAGAAAAACACUGUCAGAAAGAAUUCGACAAUGAAUCCAGCUGAAGAUGGUAGCAAGGAAAAAUCAAAGAGUAAAAGUAACGAAUCAAAAGACUCAAAAAAUUCGAAAAACUUGUGCACCAAAGAUGCAACAUUUGAAAAAGCCAAAGGUGGAAUCAAAAAAACAAUCGGAUGGAUGACGGAGACACAAGCUAAACCUGGUGGACUUGUUGGUUUUUUCAAGUCGUCAUCUUUCGAGAGGACACCACCGGAGGAGCAUAAGACCUAUGCAUUUCAGGCGAAUCGAGAAAAAAACAGAAAUCCUGAUUUUCCAUUGUACGAUGUUACACGUGUACGGCUUAAAACAGAAGCAGAAGAUGAAAAAAAUUACAUCAAUGCUUCAAUUACUUCAUGUCCACCUUGUGAACGCAAAUGGAUUGUUGCUCAACAUCCAAUGAAAGAAUAUUACGAAUAUUUUUGGAAAAUGGUUUUCUAUCAGGAAAUUGAUGUGAUUUUUGCAAUUUUCUCCCCGGAUGAGCAACUUCCCAUGUAUUUUCCGACUGAACAUGGAAAAUUCUAUAACCACGGUCAAUUCUUCGUUCAUUGUUGGAAAAUGACCCCACCAACGGGAAGGAAUCAGGCAAUGCUCGUUUCAUAACAAUUCUCCAUUAUCCACAUUGGCCGAAAGGACACGUGGCACCAAGUCCAAAAGUAAUUCUGAGAGGAAUUUAUUCACUUCAGCCAUCAGAUAAGGUGACCAAAGGAAAAUGUUUAAUUCAUUCUGCCGAAGGGAUCAAUCGAUCGAUGAGCUUUAUUGCGGUUGACUAUAUUAUUGAACUCAUGUUUCGUAAUAACACUGUAGACAUCCCCGAGCUUAUCACUCAAUUGCGUAGUCAGCGUGGCGGAGCAUUACCUAGACUAUAGAC